ACAGAUACGAGCUUAGAUAGUUAAUUAGACAAAAAAAAAAAAACUUAUAUCAAAUAACUCGUGAUCAAUAAUAUUGGUACUUACCUAUAUAAAUGAUUACUCCAACAAAGUAAUCCAUUUAUUUAGAUUUUUGGUGGACAAUAAAAUGAGAAGCCAAAUUUUCGCCAUCUUUUGCGCCUUAUCUUUGGCCCAAGCCCUUGUUAUUCAAGCCAAACCCAAUGAUCUCCAAGCCGCUGAAGUUCGUGGUAUUGCUGACGAAGCUGAGAAAGUCUUCAAAGAACUCAUGGCAGCCGUUGACAAAGCUUUAGAUGAUGCUUCUGCUUCUUUGAAUGCAGCCGUAAAGGCAGUUAAUCAGACAGUAACUGACUUAGAAGGAAAAGCUCAUGAUGCUAUUAAUUUGGCUAUGGACCCUAUCAAUGCUAAGCUGAAGGAAUUGAUUGAAAAUGCUGAAAAACUGGGAAUUAACACAACCAAAUGCGAAAAGUACAUAGACGAGCUCACCGAUCUACCAAACAAACUCAAUGAUGAAGUGGUAGAAUGCAUGACCGACGGAUUAUACAAAGCUGUAGGUUACGCAGAUGAUGUUCUAGACAAUAUUCAAGUAAUCGAACAGGAUAUGGCCAAUUUUACCAACAGAAUUAAGGAUUGCGAAGGAAGCAUUUGGUCUGAGAUAAAAUGUUUGGGACUUUUAACCGCCGAAAUGACAAAAGACAGCGUAGCGGUUCCUGUAAAAAUUGCCGCAGAUGUUGCAAAGACUGACUUAUUGAUUAAAGGAUUGAUUCCCAAAGUGACGCUGUGUUACACUACAGCGGUGGCCCAAGUUCCAAUCCGAGGACUGGCACUUGUAGGCAAAUUUGCCUUAUGCACUGGACAACAAGAUGCUUCCAUGUAUUGAUAUUUUUAAAAAACAACUUUAAAUAUAUGAUAAAAUGAAGUUCUGAUAUAAAUAAAUAAAUCCCCAUUAUGCGAAGCAGUGAUUUUAGUUUGAUGAUUAUAUACGCAAAUUAAUUUAAUAAAUAGCUUAGCAGAGCGCUUUCGGCCAUUGGUAUAGGUACGUGGACGAUUGCCUUUAUUUUCCAAAUUGUGAUGCCGAGGGAGCGAGUCUUCUUCUGAAUAAGUGGAACCCUCCACCCCAAUAUCUCCUUCACUUUGGAACUCGAGGUUGACGAUAGAUCAAAUUUUCUUGAUCUAAACAUUCACAAGGACUCAAAUGGAUUACAAUUCUCAAUAUUCAGGAAACCAACCCAAACUGAUCAUGUGAUCCCUUUUCACUCUAACCAUCCCGGCCAACAUAAAAUGACUGUUUUUUAAUGCUACUCACCGUCUUCUGAGCAUACCUAUUUCCAAACAAACUUCAUAAUAAAAAAUAUAUUUCAAUCCCAUUUAUUAAUCUAUCUCUUA